GAUAUAUCCUCUGGGACAACAACUGCUCUGUUCCUCCUCAGAUCCACAUGACGCCAUUUACUGCUGCUUUUGCAAAGAGAUCACCCUACCUCCUCCGGAAAGAAAAAGAGAGAGAGGGAGAGAGCGAGCGAGCAGAAAAACGCGGAGCCCCUACAGCUCAGAUCUCAAACCUUCCUCCUCCUCCUCCUCCACCUCCUCCAAACACACAACAACCACCACCACAAAUCCGCUGCGCUCCCAAAACACCCCCCCGAUUGCAAACCACAGAGCUGCCUGCAACACACACACGCUCGCAGAGGGAGCGAGAAAGCUAGAGGGAGAGAAGGGAGAGGAGCUUGCAGCAAGCAGCUUCUCAGCAGAACGGCUACAUUGCACAAGCUGCUUUUUUGGAGGAGCUCAGUGGAAGAAAGCUCUGGGAUUUUAUUUUAGAUCCACUUUAUUUUGUUUUCUUUGGCUUUGCCCUUCCUCUUGAUCAUUUGCAACAACAACAACAACAACAAAAAAAAAAAAAAAGUGACUUGGUAUUGGCGAUUCGGCCUCCGGUUCAUUGAGGAAAAAAAGGAAAGUGUGUGUGUGAGAGACUUGAGUGAUUUCUUUUUAGGAGCAAAGAAAACCCAUCCCGAUCCGGAGAGUUGUUUUUAUUAUUAUUAUAGUAUAUACGCGCACACACGUAUUUAUAACCGAUCUGGGAGAGGGACCUAGCUUUGCUCUGGACUUUUUUACGUGGUGAUCAUUCUUACUCUAAUUUGCAAGUUGGACUAAAGCAGAGUUUGGAAAAGAAUUUUUUUUUUUUUUUUUUUUUUUUGCUUUAGGGCUGGAUUUAUUUGCAAACCGCAGGAAGAAGAAAAUACAAGAGAGAGAGGGGUUUGGUGCAGCGCCGCGAUCACGGAUUUCAGAUGUGUUCUAAGCCUGCCGGGGUGAGCACGCUUCUGGGCACUGAUGGAGACAAGAGCUCAGCACAGCAGCGGGUCUCAGGCCUUGCUACAGGGUCGGCGUGACAGUGGGAGACCACACGGGGAGCCCGACCUGCGGGAUGUCCUGAUGCAGCAGGUUCACGUCUUGUCGUUGGACCAGAUCAGAGCCAUCCGAAACACGAAUGAGUACACGGAGGGACCUACGGUGGCUCCACGUCCGGGAAUCAAGUCCACUCCUCGGCUCGCAACCCAACCCAAAAAUGAAAGGCCCCAUGGCUUGCCUGAGCAUCGCCAUUUUAGCCGGAUUCAGCACACACAAACACAUGCCUCUCCUCGGGCGCCUCUGUCCCGUUCUAUCAGCACGGUCAGCACAGGUUCGCGGAGCAGUACAAGGACAAGUACGAGCAGUAAUUCAUCCGAACAGAGACUUCUCGGGUCAUCUUUGGGGCCAACUGCUGAUGGGAUAGUCCGAAUACAGCCCAAGUCUGAGCUCAAGUCAAGCGAGCUGAAGCCGCUGAGCAAAGAAGACUUGGGAGCGCACAGCUACAGGUGUGAGGACUGUGGAAAGUGUAAGUGUAAGGAGUGCACUUAUCCGAGGACCCUCCCAUCGUGUUGGAUCUGUGACAAACAGUGUCUUUGCUCAGCCCAGAACGUGGUCGAUUACGGGACUUGCGUUUGCUGUGUGAAGGGCCUCUUCUAUCACUGCUCUAAUGAUGAUGAGGACAACUGUGCUGACAACCCCUGCUCCUGCAGUCAGUCACGUUGCUGCACUAGAUGGUCCGCCAUGGGUGUGGUGUCCCUCUUUCUGCCUUGCUUGUGGUGUUACCUACCAGCCAAGGGUUGCCUUAAGUUGUGCCAGGGCUGUUAUGACCGGGUAAAUCGGCCUGGGUGCCGCUGUAAACACUCCAACACCGUUUGCUGCAAAGUUCCCAGCGUCCCCCCCAGGAACUUUGAAAAGCCAACAUAGCAUCACUAGUCAGAAAUACUAAAGUAACGAUUAUUUUAACGUACAUAUGCAACCAACUAAGCAGCUAUGGUCUUGGCACUGUAGUAGAAGGGGUUGGGGAAUCUACUUUGCUGUUUGCAGUGAAAUGCUUGUCUCUGUGUGUGCCAUCUUAACUGAUACGCUUGUUAGGAUCCAGCUAGUGGCAUACAGAAAAAAAAAAGGGAUGCAGUACAUUGUGACCCACAUAUUUCAUAAGCUAAAGCAACACAGACACUCCUAGGCAACUCUGUUGUUUGUGAAUAGUACUUGCAAAAUUUGUAAAUUAGCAAGUGACUCCUUUUUUUCAUUGUUUUCUGCCAGAGAUAAUGUGCUAUAUUUUUGUAUAUACAAUAAUAUUUUCAACUGUGAAAAAUAAGUGGUGUCAUAAGACAUGGCACAGUCACAAAAUAUUAUACUAAUAUGUUGUACAUUCGGAAGAAUGUGAAUCAAUCAGUAUGUUUUUAGAUUGUAUUUUGUCUUACAGAAACCUUCUAUUACAAGACUCUGAUUUCCCUUUGGACUUCAUGUAUAUUGUACAGUUACAGUAAAAAUCAGCCUUUAUUUUCUAAUUUUUUCAACAUAUUGUUUAGUGUAAAGAAUAUUUAUUUGAAGUUUUAUUAUUUUAUAAAAAGAAAUAUUUAUUUUAAGAGGCAUCUUACAAAUGUCACCCCUUUUUAUGAGGACGUCAUAGUUGCUGCAAAUAAGGGGUGAACGAUGCAUAUGUUCACUAUAAAAUAGAAAAUAUAUUAACGUUUGAAAUUAAA